AUGGUGGAUAUUAAUCGAUUACUGACGCUGCCGGGUAUUAUAAAUGUCGUCCAAGUAGCUUGUGGCUUUGCUGCACUGUUCGCUAGCUCAUUCGUCUGGAACAACACGGAUACCUAUAUUCAAUUCAUCUACAGGGGGUUUGGAUGGCAAACGCUGAUUGUAUUUAUUCUAUUGUUUACCUGGAUCUUCGCCAUCGCGAUGCUUUUGAACAAUCUUUUGGGGCGAGACGUGCAGGAAACGGUUGGAAAAAAGAGGUUACUGAUUGUAUACGUAAUCUGCCUCUGCUUGCUGAUAAUUUCUGCGGCUUUGGAAUCCUGGUACUGUGACAAAUCUGCCGGGCAUCCUGUAUAUCACGGAAGAUUCAUAGCAGUUACGAUCUUCAACUGGAUUCUAGUGGCAUCAUACAUUGUCCUCAUCGGACUCACAAUUUUCUUCACC